ACCGUGGUCUCGAGUCUUUGCCACCGUGUGCCCUUCGACGACUCGGACGUGGGCGACAACGACGACCACGACGACGACGACUUCAUUGCUUCGAAGUGCAGUCCGCCAUCAAAACGACAGCAGUGCCUGCAAUCAAUCAUUCGCAACAUAAUUCCUGUCCCACUUCUCACAAGGCGUCGUGGCUCGUCCGAAUACCAACGAGCUCUUUACUUUGCCUCAUGAGCUUAUCCUUUGGUGGAAUUAGUCUGCUUUCCUCGUGGUCACAGUUAGAGAACUGGGAUGACUCGGUUCAUCCCAGGACUGGAUAUAGCUCCGUUGUCUGCGUUUUGGUUUUCAUCCUCGUUGUUCUCAUUCUCGCAUAUCUCACCAAUCCAACUGAGAUUUCAUUCAGAACAUAUCUUACCGAGCAAGCUUUCCGUCAGCAUUUGAGUCAUCUCGAUGAUAUCAGCGACGAAUCUGGAACAAAAGUUGAUCACGAUCCUUUACACUCUCGGUCUCGUUCAUCGUCAGGAAGCAUCUCGUUCGAUCGAACCACGCUGCCAUUCCGGUUUUCCAAUCGUGCAUCCGUGUCGCUUCGUACUCCGAAACAUGUCUUUCACAGCUUUGGUGUUUGUACCGUUGCCACUACACGCGGUGCCACAACCACUAGCACCAAGCGCAUAGGCAACACUUUGAACGGUGCGGAGCAUGGAGCAGCUGUUUCUGCUGAUACUUGGUUUAUUGGUGCAUUCGGACAUUGGUGGCGUGGCGGCUCGGCGGACUCUUGGUGCUACGAUGCUGUGGUUCGCUCCCAGGACUGCGAAGUCUGGAGGUCAGGCAUACUAGGUUUCAACGCGUCGGAUAAGUUUAGCGAGUAUAAUGGUCUUUUACUCCCAAAAUCUGUUUCGUGCUCACGACUUUCGCAACGUGCAGUUGCCCCCAAGGUACGAGGCGUCCAAGGCACCGGUUUGCUGCCCAGGAGAAAUUCUACACCUCCACUACCUAAAUCUGCCUCGCUUCCGCUACAUGCUGAUCAUCGCGUCCGUGAAAGCUUGUCGUCGGCCUCCCCUUCAUUUCCUCGUGGCACCGACCCACAGCAGAGUGCUACCCAUGCUCCAUCGCGCACGUGCUCUGCAUCAAGUAGACAGGACCAUUCCCCGAUUAUAACUGAGGUUUUGAGGCAGAUAGCCGCCGCGCAGAUAUCCGUUACUGAACUUCAAGCGCAACUGAAAGAAGCUCAAACUUAUGCCUCCCAAUCACAUACCCUGCUUGAAGAUGAACUCGACCAACUACGGGCAAGAAAACGCGAAGACGAUCAAAAGAGGGUGGAGGGCAGGUUGCGGACAAAAUCACUCGAAGAAGUUCGGCGUGUUGCUGAGACUGGGAGACGAGAGGCUGAGAGGCGGCUGAAAGCUGCUCGUGGUACGAAAGAAUCAGCGACUCGCCGCGUAGAGGAGCUGGAGACUGAGAUUGGAAGAUUAAAACGACGGAUUGACCAGGAUCGUGCAACCCUCGCCCCCGAUCCCGGCAACGGAGAUGCGGAAGAGGAACGCAGCUUGCUGUCUGAGCUUGAAAUGAAGAGGAAGGAAGUCCAGAUUGCAGAAGAAGUCGUUACUGCGCUUAAUGCUCGCGCUAGGGAACUGGAGGAAAGGAUUGCGGAGAGCAAGGAGCGCCUUCGUGUGGCGGAAGAGUAUUCUGCCAAACACGACCACGAGAACGGGUAUAUCAGUGGAGGCUAUGAUCAGUUGGGUGCACAUACCUGGCCCUCGUCCUACACGCGUUUCGACUUUCCAAGCGUGUCUGGAACUCUGGAGACUGAAAAUAUUCAAGGCUUUGCACGCGAAUCACCAAACUCUACUUACUCUCCGAGGCCUUUGCGGUUUUCGCUAGGAUCCCCAUCUCCCACUGAAGUGAGGAACCCUAUUGUUCCUUCGACAGGAGCGAGGGCGCUCUUCGACGAAGAUGCCUCUUCCACUACACUGCAAGGCUCUCAGUUAAUUUCGCAUGGGCGUUUCAAUCACGACGAUGCAUCUUCUUUCUCUCCCUUUGACGUUCACAUACCAUCAUCCGCAUUCAUUCCCAGCAGUUUGAUCCGCGUACUUGACUCACCUUCUGCUGAAUGGAGAGAGCGCCACAUAGGUGAUAUGGGUGGCGUAGCACCCUCUUCUUCGGUCGUUCUUGGUGGCGCCUCUCCUUCGGAAUCCGAUGUUGACUUCAGCCCAUACGAAGCACGUCUUUCUACUGAAACUCCUGACGAGCUAUUCUGUGAUGAGAUGACACUGCCCUAUCGCACCCAUUCAGAUCCCACGGCAAAGACUUCGGAUGACCUGCGAUUCAAUGCUGUGUCGAACAACGCCGAAUCUUCGCCGCGCAGAUGGUUCUCGAUUUCUACGAAGGAAAAACCGCGUAAGGGUCUCAACCCUGAUGCGAAAGUCUUCCGGCUCCCUAGACGUAAAUUGGAUGCAAACCCAGCCACGGACAACCACGGGGCGCACAGCUCGUACGACAUGCUCAACCCAUCAGGUCACAAUUCCGGUAUCGCCUCGUCAACUCCUUCUUUACUACGUGCCUUCGCUCCGUCUCGGGCUGAACGAGAGGCUCUUCAACGAGCUCUUGGUGGAUCCACGAAUACAAGCCUUGAACUUCUUCCAAGCCUGAGUGACGUGGGUACUAUCCCUCCCUCGCCUAUACAAACACAACGGGAGGGAGAGCAUGGAACUACGGCGGGGGAGGAGAAUCACUCACUUCCCGUGUGGCUGCAGUCUUUACCGCUGAUCAGUAAACCGAACUUCAGCCCUUGGGAGGACGAGGAUGUAAAGGCGAAGAAUAAGGGGGAGUAGAGGGGCGAACUGUUUGUUGUUGUGCGCUACUGGUAGCGUUUGUAAAUCAAAGGCGAUGCUGGGAGUGUUUGUUGAAGGGUUGUCAGGAUAGAAUGUGGCAGUCAAGUUGUUGUCGAGGAGACUGUAUCAUUGGCUCCCUCAGCCAGCACCAUAUAUAAUGAUGUUGUCAACCCUGAGUAUAAGCAUCCCGUUCUCGCGUGAUCGAGAUUGGAGAGCAGCGAGUGAUCUGACUGACUUAAAAAUGCAAAGGUGUACAUGUCAAUGGUGUAAGUACCCCACCCACUGUUCCUGAGAAAUAUACCCGCAAUUCUUCAGUCGAUCAAAGGAAUGCGUUCGUUCUCAGUGGUUGUGGUACAGCAGAGAUACCUAAAAGGAGCGGAUGGGGUGGGCCCUUUUUCUCGCAUGA